CUCGGCGAGCAAAGUCUUAUUUGAUUCAGUCAUAUUCGGAUCGUGAUCAAACAUGGGGAAGUACCUACGUUCAUUGCUGAAUAAAAAUGUGCUUGCUAUUUUCACUGGCCUGCUUCUUUUAUGUGUAUUCUUAUAUGUCUGGAUUCAAUACGUAAGAUGGCCAACGAAAGAAUUUAAAGCUUUGAAGCGACGAAAACAGGACGGGAAAUCUUUCAAAAAUGAGGAUAUGGUCAUCAAGCCUGAAAUGGACCAACUUGAUCCUCGUCUUCAUGCAUUGAUUCGACGAGACCACGUCAUUCGACCACUCCAAAGACGUCUUCCUUAUUUUUUGUCAAGUCCAACCAAAGAUCCUUCAAUGGGACAAGGUCAAUCGAUUCGAAAGUUAUUUCGGAACCAGACAAAUGGCUUCUUUAUUGAAUGCGGUGCUUUGGAUGGCGAAACUCGAUCCAAUACAUUGGGCCUGGAACGAGAUCUCCAAUGGACUGGUAUUCUCAUUGAAGGCGAUCCUAAUUCAAUUUCAACAAUUUUGUCCAAAGGUCGAAAGUCUUAUGUGGUGCCACAUUGCUUGGCUACCAAAAAGGAAACAAUGAAAGUCAGUUAUGGCUCGUACUACAAUUUGGGUCGGAUUGUAGAUGUGAAGCCAGGCAGGAAAGAGCAAAAGUUGGUGGACGUCAUGUGCUUGCCUUUGUUUGCUAUUCUCAAAGCCUUGGAGGUUCCUCAAGUGGACUAUUUCAGCCUUGACGUGGAAGGCAAUGAGUUGGAUGUGCUCAAGACUAUUCCUUGGGACGAAGUUAACAUACUCGCACUAUCCGUGGAAUUUACUCACAUUGGAGAGUCUCACACCACUGGCACCAAGUCUGAAUUGCAGUCCUUUAUGGAGUCUAAAGGCUAUAGAAUAAUUUCCAAAGUAAUCAAUGCUGGCCGACUGGCCAACGAUUUCAUAUUUGUCAAAAGAGGUGUCUUUGACGGGGUUUCAGUGCCAGAUGUAAUUUCUUAGACACCUUUAGCAUAAGUAGAUAGCACUUUUUAUUGUCCAAUUUGAUUAUUGUCCCCAUACAUGCCUACUACUACUUGUUUGACGUGCAAUAAAAAACUAGCACGAUUCAGAGCCGAACUGAGUUCAUCUUGGCUUAUUUCACAAAAGAAAUAAAGUGCUUUAUUGUCAUGGCUGA